AUGGUAGCUGCCGGAGUUAUGGUGUCAUUGAUACCAGGGAUCGGCUCCACUUGGCCAUUAACGAAGAGCCCAUUUUUCAGGCGAUCGAGUACUAUCAGCCUCCGCUUCAUCAGCGAAAACACCAAGCGACUUGAGCAGCAGGGGCACGCCAUUCGCCGUAAUUUUAACCACCCUGGUUACCAGAUCCAAGAAGAAGGCCAGGUUGAUAGCCAUGAUUACAGAGUCUUCUUGCUUGAUAAUACUGGCAAAAAGAUUUCGCCUUGGCACGAUAUACCCCUACACGUUGGCAACGGCGUGUUCAAUUUUGUUGCUGAAAUUUCUAAAGAUUCAAACUUGAGAAUGGAGCUUGCCACCGAUGAACUAUACACCCCUCUCAAACAAGAUAAAAUAAGGGGUAGAAUUUGGUAA